AUGGGGAAGCACAAUGGUAAGUCCCGCAAGUCGGGACUCUCCGUGGGUCAGUCCCUGGUGAAUCGCGCUAAGCGGGAGGGCAGGACCGCCGGGGCGGCGGCACACAUGUACACCACGGACCUGGGCCCCGACAACAACAUGCAGAGCGUGAUCGAGCGCAACGACCUGGACGAGAUGAUGGCCAUGGCCACGCUGGCGGACAAGGACUUCUCCGCAGAGAGGCAGAACGUGGUGGUGAUCAGCACCGGCUCGGUGGCACCCAGGGACACCGAGCGCGCCGAGGCCGAGCGCAGCGCUGCGGAGGAGCGGCACCGCCACCGCCUCACCAUCCCGCGCCGGCCGUCCUGGGACGAGGGGACCACGCCCGCGGCGCUAGACGCGGAGGAGCGCGCCUCUUUCCUCGCCUGGCGCCGCGACCUGGCGCUGCUGGAGGGUGAAGAAUCGCUGGUGCUCACACCCUUUGAGAAGAACCUGCAGGUCUGGCGCCAGCUCUGGCGCGUGCUGGAGCGCUCAGACGUCCUGGUCCAGGUGGUGGACGCGCGCGACCCGCUGACCUACGCCUGCCCCGACCUGGACGCCUACGCGCACGAGCUGCAUGCCACCAAGCAUAGCCUGCUGCUGCUGAACAAGGCAGACCUGCUGCCGCCCGCGCUGCGCAGCGCGUGGGCGGACUACUUCCAGGCGCGGGGCAUCCGGCACGCCUUCUGGUCCGCCAAGGCCGCCGCCGAGGCGGAGGCGGAGGCGGAGGCAGAGGAGGCGGCGAGCGGGAUUGGGGUGGCUAGGCGGGACCAGGACCCGGACCCGCGCGCCGCCCUCCUCUCGGUCGACGGCCUGCUGGACUUGCUGCACCGCACCGCACAAGAGGCGGUGGCGGAGGCGGCGCUCCUGGGCGUUCCCAGGGGUGCCCACGGCGACCGGCUGGUGGUGGGCCUGACCGGCUACCCCAACGUGGGCAAGUCCUCCACCAUCAACGCGCUGUUUGGGUCCAAGAAGACGGCGGUGGCGCCGACGCCGGGCAAGACCAAGCACUUCCAGACCCUGAACGUCACCGAUGACCUCACCCUCUGCGACUGCCCGGGCCUGGUCAUGCCCCAGUACGCCAACAGCAAGGCGGAGAUGGUGGCCGCAGGGGUCAUCCCCAUCGACCGCCUGACCGACGUGCGGGCGCCGGUGGGAGCCAUCGCCCUCCGAAUCUCUCGCCGCCAGUUCUCCUCUGCCUACUCCCUGCACCUCAGGGGAGAGGGGCACCCGGACGCGGUGGAGGUGCUGCGCGCUCUGGCCCUGUCGCGGGGCUGGGUGGUGGGGUCGGGUCUGCCCGACGAGGCGUUGGCCUGCUCCUCCGGAGCGCCGGCGCUGGAGGCGCCCUCUGGCGGAGGGCAGGAGGAGGCCUCCACGUCUGGGGAGGAGGACAGCGAGGAGGAGGAAGGGCCGGGGGUGUCUGCUGGCGCCGGCGCCGAGCUGGACCUGGCGGACCUCGAGCUGCUGGAGGAGCUGAAGCUGCAAGCGCAAGGACAAAAGCCGAGCAAGCCGGUGCGAGCGGCACACAAGUUCCACAAGAAGGCGGCGCGCUCAAAGGGCACGCGGGGGAUCGCGGUGGACCUCGGCACCAGCGACGGCGCGAUGCUGCAGCACGGAAAGCGCGGUGGGCUCGUCAGGAUCGUGUCUGACGCCACUGCCUAG